AUGCCAUUGCGUCUGUCUGCCACUCGCCAUCUUGCCCUGCUGCCCGCUACCACCAAAAUGACUUGGUCCUUGAAAACCAACAAUACUAGUGGGAUGAGAACCAUGACAUCCAGAAACCUCAGUACGGGACCGCCUGCUCCGUUGUUUAUCAAAUCUUGCCAGCUGUUGGCGCCUUCAACAGCCCCAGAGCUCGUGGGUCUGCCCCACCUGAAACUCCACAAUGUGGUCUGGAGAGAUCCGGUCCAGAACAUCUACAUCGUUAAGAAACCAUGGAACGACGCCGUGCUAGCGGCAAUGGUGCAGUUUAUCAACUUUAUACACGCGGAGUACCCGAGCCUUAAUGUCGUUGUUUCGCUGGACGUGGCAGAGGAAUUGAAGAGUGAGUACUUGAAGCAGCCUGGCUCGAAGCCUAGAUCGAUAUAUACGGGUUCUGUCGAGGACAUUGUGGCCAAGACCGACUUGAUCGUUGUGCUAGGUGGAGACGGAACGACACUUCGGGCGGUUUCGGCGUUUCUGAACUCUAGAGUACCUCCGGUGCUCAGCUUUGCUUUAGGAACGCUAGGGUUCCUCUUACCGUUUGAUUUUGCUCACUACAAGAAGGUUUUCCGGUCCGUCUACGAAUCUCGUUCUAAAGCUCUUCACAGAACUCGCCUCGAGUGUCAUGUUGUUAGACGAGCUCAAAGCGAAGAACGUGAGAGACAAGGAAAGAAACCAGAACAGGUUCGUCGCUACGAGCUUGAGCACUACAAACAGCACCACAACGCCACAAUGCUUCAUGCCAUGAACGACGUCUCGUUGCACCGUGGAUCGCAGCCCAAUUUGAUGCUGUUGGAUAUUUACAUUGACUCUGAGUUUCUCACCACCACAACCGCAGAUGGUCUUGUUUUUGCAUCGCCCACCGGCUCCACCGCAUAUUCGUUGUCGUCUGGUGGCUCAAUUGUCAACCCGCUUGUGCCUUGCAUUCUCCUCACACCCGUGUGUCCUCGUUCGCUUUCGUUUAGGCCACUUAUUUUACCAACUACAUCGCACAUUAUGGUCAAAUUGCCGGUCACCAACAGAAACAGUCUGAUCAACCUCAAUAUCGACGGCAUUCCGCAGGCGGAGCUCCAUCCAGGCGACGAACUUCAUUUGGUGAGCGAAAACGGUACUAUUUACAUUCCUGGAAAGCACCAGCCGCCACAGACGUUGGCUGCAAAACAGGGCUUUGACGAUAUUCUUGAGCCUGGCCACAACGUCGUAAGAGAAAACAGCAUGGGAAUUUACUGCAUUGCCAAGACGGAGAAUGACUGGACCAAGGGGAUCAACGAGCUUCUUGGCUUCAACAAGUCCUUCAAGGGGAAGAUGAAGAUAUAG